AUUCAACUUUUGUUUUCUUUCUUUCUUUCUGCCUUAAAAUCAAAUCAAAAUAAAAAUCAUAAUUGUACAACAACAGCUACUACUAGAGCAGAGUUCAGCUGAAAAUUCAAAUCAAAAUCUCAACAAUUUCCGCCCAUUCAUUACCUUAGCUUCCUUUUACGUCACUUUUUUAUUAUUCGUGAUCCAAGAUUCUGUUUCAAAAGUCUGUUUUGAAAGCAUCAAACAGCUGCUGCUGCUGCUGAAGUUUGUUAUUUGACGGGCCAAGAUAAUUGGCCAAGAUGGUGUUCGAUUCCGGGUUAUUGCUUGGGAAAUUGGGUAUGGAUGGAUUGGGUACCUCUGAGUAUUCAUCAGUUGUGUCUAUGAACUUGUUUGUCGCUCUUCUUUGUGCUUGUAUUGUCAUUGGUCAUCUUUUGGAAGAAAAUCGAUGGAUGAAUGAAUCUAUUACUGCACUUGUCAUUGGUAUAUGCACAGGAGUUGUUAUUUUGUUAAUUAGUGGAGGAACAAAUUCACAUCUUCUAGUCUUUAGUGAGGAUCUUUUCUUCAUUUAUCUUCUUCCCCCAAUUAUCUUCAAUGCCGGGUUUCAGGUUAAGAAGAAACAUUUUUUUCGUAAUUUCAUGACCAUUAUGCUUUUUGGUGCUGUUGGUACCGUGAUCUCUUUCACCAUUAUCUCAUUUGGUGCUACAAAUAUCUUCAGCAGGAUGAAUGUUGGCUCUCUUGAGCUGGGAGAUUAUCUUGCAAUUGGUGCAAUCUUUUCUGCAACCGAUUCUGUUUGCACUCUGCAGGUGCUCAAUCAGGAUCAAACCCCUUUAUUGUACAGUCUCGUCUUUGGGGAAGGAGUUGUGAAUGAUGCUACAUCAGUUGUCAUAUUCAAUGCAGUUCAAAACUUUGAUUUAUCUCAAAUCACAACAACUGUAGCUUUUCAGUUGAUCGGAAAUUUCUUCUAUUUAUUUAUCACAAGCACCCUUCUAGGAGCAGGAGCUGGGCUACUAAGUGCAUAUAUUAUAAAGAAGUUAUACUUUGGAAGGCAUUCGACAGAUCGAGAAGUUGCCAUAAUGAUACUUAUGGCCUAUCUUUCUUACAUGCUAGCUGAGUUAUUCUAUUUAAGUGGCAUUCUCACAGUGUUUUUCUGUGGAAUUGUGAUGUCCCAUUACACUUGGCAUAAUGUCACUGAGAAAUCUCGAGUAACUACCAAGCACGCUUUUGCAACAUUAUCAUUUAUUGCAGAGUUAUUUAUCUUUCUUUAUGUUGGCAUGGAUGCUUUAGAUAUUGAGAAGUGGAGCUUUGUACAAGACACCCCGGGGACAUCAGUUGAAGUGAGUGCAAUUUUAUUGGGAUUGAUUUUGGUGGGAAGAGCAGCCUUUGUCUUUCCCUUAUCAUUUUUAUCCAACUUAACAAAGAAGCCUCACCAAGAGAAAAUCGAUUUUAGGCAACAGGUUUUAAUAUGGUGGGCUGGUCUUAUGAGAGGUGCUGUGUCUAUGGCUCUUGCUUAUAACCAGUUCACCAAGGAAGGCCACACACAGUUGAAGGGGAAUGCAAUAAUGAUUACAAGUACCAUCAGUGUUGUCCUUUUCAGUACAAUGGUAUUUGGUCUGAUCACACAGCCUCUUGUGAGACUCUUGUUGCCUACACCCAAAGGCUUAAAGCGAAUGAUUUCUUCUGAACCAACAACCCCUAAAUCCUUCAUCGUGCCUCUUCUAGGAAAUGGUGAGGAUUCAGAAGCGGAUCUAGGUCCACAUGUCCCUCGUCCAACCAGUUUACGCCAGCUCCUUUCAACACCUUCUCACAGUGUUCACCAUUAUUGGAGAAAAUUCGAUAAUGGCUUCAUGCGUCCUGUUUUUGGCGGUCGUGGUUUUGUGCCAUUUGUUCCUGGUUCACCAACAGAACAAAGUACUCAUCAUCUGGUGGAGGAAGAAACCGGUUAAAUGGGGCCAUAGAUUCAGGACUAUUUGUUUAUAGGGUGAAUGACUUCAGAUCUGAAAAAGUCUAUAAAACGAUCAUUCGUGCCACCACAUAUCAGGUUUGUUGUGUUCAGUUUUGGUUUAAAGGUGAAGAAUCACAAGAAACUGUGUGAGAGUGUGCAUACUUACUAUGAUGCCUUAUUAGAACCCAGUGUAUAAUUUUGUGUAUGUUGUAUGUAUUAAAUAUCGUUUGUUAUAACAUAUAUUUAUAUUUAUCUGUGUAUUUGUUUGGAUAUAAAUGAGAUGAACUUCACCCCUUCGGAGCAA